GGCACAGGGCAGCACCUGCUUGUGGAAAUGGGGGCCGUAAUGGGGACAGAGGUGAGGUGGCCCAUGGGCUCUGAAAACCUUUCUGAAGAGAGAAAAGUGCCUCAAGUGGGAGACCUCAGAGGGAGCCUGACAGGCCACCAACCUGGAGGGCUCUUAAGAAGUAAAGCCACUGCUCGGGGGGUUCUCUGGCCCUCCCCUUUACCUGGGCACCCAUUCUCACGCUGAGCCUUGAGCUUCCCAAGGAGGACCCCUGCUCUGCAUCCAACCUCUGCCCAAUCUGUUAAACCCUAUCCCUCAUGCCCACUUCCCUCUGGAGAAGGGGGGAGGCCCUUUUCUAGAAGACUGAGAAAUACUGAUUCAAGUUCACUAGGAGGUUCACUGUACAGGUGUGUUAUUAUCCUUUCCAGGUAGCCAAAGUGUUUUUAUUCUUGCAAUACGAAGGGCUGAACCAAGGACCUUCACACUGAACUACAUCCCCAGCCCUUUUAUUUUUUAUUUUGAGAUGGGUUUAUUAAGUCAACAGGUUUCCCCAGCAGGGGCCAAACUUGGGAUUCUCCUCUUUCAGCUCCCCACAGUGCCAGGAUCGCAGGCAUUCUCCACCCCUGCCUGCAUCCAAGGUGUAUAUUGUCUUCCUAUGUCUCUGUCUGUCUGUCUGUCUCUCUCUCUGUCUCUCUGCCUCUGUCUCUGUCUCUCUCUCUCUGUCUCUCUAUCACUCUCUCUCUGCUCUUUGCAGUGUUGGGGGUUUGAACCCUGGGCCUGCAGCAUGGUAGGCAGAUGAGGCACAUUCAGCCCUGAAGACACUCUUUAGUGGGGUCAUCUAUCAUAAAGGAAUGGGGUACAUAACCUCUGAUGUCCCAGCUUGUGAGCAGCUUGAGAGGCCGGACAUUUCAGAUAUUGAUCCCAGGUGCAGGCACCAUGGAGAGGGCUUUCUGAGGCCUCUGUGUCACACCAGCAGGCUACUGCCUGCCUGCUGCCUGUAUCUGUGGAGCCUCCAUGAUACGAAGGACUCUGGCAGAUUGGGUCUCCAAGUGUCUCCUUUUAGGGUGAGCCCAAGUUGUAGCCACAAGAGGAUUAAGGGAGACACCUAUGUGUUUAAGCCUCCUCUCCCAGUCACCCAGACACAAGGGCUCAGCUCCUCACCCUUCACCCCCAGUGCAAACCCAUUUUAAAAAGUGGAGGAGGAGACAGCAGAAUGGGGAUGACUGGGGCGGGGAACAGGGGUGGAGCAUCUGACUAACAUGUGUGGCCUUGGCUUCAGUCCCAAGUACUGCAAAAAAAAAAAAAAAAAAAAAAAAACAGUGAGGCUGAGUGCCCCUGCUGUAUUGAGUUCAAAGCAAGGUCACAGAGGCCAAAAGUCUCCAGGGAGAUUAUCCAGAAGAGGCCAGGCUCUCCGGACUGAAAGCAAAGGUCUUCACUGUGGAUGAAGCUGCAUGGAGUGGCUUCCAAACCUUGGCAGCCAUAGCCCACACUCCCAUGCCCUGCGAUUACUUGUUUUGGGACUGGCUCGGUACAGCCUCCGGCCCACCAUCCCGGAGGUGAAAGCCAUGCCCAGGCCUCAGAGUGCCCCCUAAUGUCCUCGGCCUGGCUCCCACUGCCAUCCAGCACCAUGUUGUCUGCCAACAACUCUAUGUCUGCCAAUUUCUCAGCCAACCUGUCCUCGUGCCCCGACCACCGGGACUUCCAUCACUUGCACAUGGUGGUCUACAGCCUGGUGCUGGCGGCCGGGUUGCCCCUCAACGCGCUGGCCCUCUGGGUCUUCCUGCGCUUGCUGCGCGUCAAGUCGGUGGUGAGCAUAUACAUGUGUAACCUGGCGGCCAGCGACCUGCUCUUCACCCUUUCGUUGCCCCUGCGCCUGUACUACUACGCGCAUCACCACUGGCUCUUCCCAGAUCUCCUGUGCCAGAUGUCGGGUGCGAUCUUCCAGAUGAAUAUGUAUGGCAGCUGUAUCUUCCUGAUGCUCAUCAACGCGGACCGGUACGCCGCCAUCGUGCACCCGCUGCGGCUGCGACACCUGCGGCAGCCCCGCGUGGCACGGCGCGUGUGCCUGGGCGUGUGGGCGCUCAUCCUGGCGUGCGCCGUGCCCGCGGCCUACGUGCAUCGGCCCUCACCCUGCAGCCACGAAGGUCGCGAGUGGCGCCUGUGCUUCGAGAGCUUCAGCGACGAGCUGUGGCGGGGCGGGCUGCUGCCGCUCGUGCUGCUUGCCGAGGCGCUGGGCUUCCUGCUGCCCCUGGUGGCCGUGCUGUAUUCAUCUUGCCGGGCCUUCUGCGUGCUCGCGCCGCCCGACGCCUCGCAGAACCGGCGGCGGCGCAAGACUGUGCGCCUCCUGCUGGCCAACCUGGUCAUUUUCCUGCUGUGCUUCGUGCCCUACAACGCCACGCUGGCUGUGUACGGACUGCUUCGCAGCGACCUGGUGCGGGCUGGUCCUGGAGUCCGCGAGCAGGUGCGUAAGGUGCUGAUGAUCAUGGUCCUGCUGGCCGGCGCCAACUGCGUGCUGGACCCGCUGGUCUACUACUUUAGCGCCGAGGGUUUCCGCAACACCUUGCGCGGUUUCCGUAACACCUUGCGCGGCCGGAACACCCCGCUCCGCGCUCACACCUCGACCUCUAACGGGAACGAGGAUGCGUCCCAAGAGCGGCGCUGGGAAACCCCCCACUUCUCCAAGUUGGAUGCCACCAGCCAGGGGCUACUGCAGACCUCCGACCUUGGCCCUCGGAAUCAGGAUUCGGCCCUCUGAACCAUGCCAGUCAGAGUGCAGAACUGCAUGGCUCUGCAGGACCUUGGGCGGGCUGCGGCGCCUGCAUCCCAAAGAGGAAAAGCACUGCCUGUUGUGGCUUCCUCAGAUCGGUGGUAGUGAGCAGCGGGCUUCUUCAUUUCGUAGAAGGUAAUGGGAUGAGCCCGACGGCGGCUGGGAGUUGCACAUGUGAAAGAAAACGGCUGUCCUGACUUUCCACUGCCACAGUCUGGAUGCUGAAGAGCCCCAGGUCUUGGUGAAUGAAGCUACUGAGAACUUGGUGCACCGCUCGCUUCUGUGGCAUGAGGGCCAAGCCCGAGCCACUGCCCUCCCACCCUCCUGGGCUCGCCCUGCUUGGCAUGGAGGCAGAGUACAAGGGUUUACUUAGUGUGUACAGAAAUGGGCUCCUUCUUGCUAGUGACUUGUCACAGUUUAGGCUUGACACCCAGCUCCUAGCUCUUGGUUCUUCUUUCUAGGUUAUUCCUUCUCCUUCCACCACUUGUAGGUCUCCUUCUUUUCCGGGUCUUGACAUUAUUCUCUCCCUCUGUCUCUGUCUGCCUCUGGAACAUUCUCUGUACUACUAAAGCAUUGGUUCUCAAUCUUUUUUUGCUUUUACAGCUCUUUAUGCUAUAGAAACAGAGAAUCCAAAAAAACUUUUGCUUAUUCUUUGUUCCCUUGAUAUUAAUGUUUUUAACACAGAAAUAUGUAAGUAUACACCCCAGUAGCCAUGAGAGCAGAAGCGUCCUCACAUUUCAGGGAGACUCUAGAGAGAAUGACUACUGACAACUUAGUAGUAUUAUGAAAACAACUUUGACCUCGUGUAGUUCAUCAAAGAGCUGGCCUCUCAAUUCCAUUUUGAUAAUCACAUUUGUACUGGAGUAUUAAGAGUUCACAUCUAAUUUCUUCCCAGGGCAUUAUCUAACAAUUUUUUAAAUAUCUGUGGGAGAAGACUAUGCUGAUGGUGGUCCUCAGGCAUGGAGCUUGCUGGGGCAGCUGGGAGUCGGAUACCAACAGGACACUACUCCUGGCUCCUAAAGCAGCAACCCAGGAAGCAAACCCCAAAUGACUCAGGAGGAAGAGGUGGGGCGGCUCUGGCAAAGGAAAAGGAAGUAUGCCACAAACAGGAGGGAAGAGUGUAUGGGGGAGCAGAGUGCGAUGGGAGGCUGGGAAGGGUCCUGAGGCCGGUGAAAUGGCUUCCUGCCCACUUUACCCAAGGAGGGGGUGUGCUGGGUGCUGGUGGGGGACAGACAUGGCGCUGUGACAUCUUCAGAUUCUGACAUUCAUGAGAGUUAGUUGCUGCUGUUUGUGUCCUGUAUGCAUUUCUGGAUGAUGGUUUUCAGUGUGUGAGUGAGUGAGUGAGUGAGUGAGUGUGUGUGUGUGUGUGUGUGUGUGUGUGUGUGUACGCGCCCAUGCGUUUCCCAGGUCUGUCUCAGUAUGGAGUAAGCCUUUUAUGUGUGUACUUACCCCAGCGUUCCAGUUAUUGAUUUCCAGGGGUAAAAUGACCUCUGCUGGCCAAACCAGGAACUGACCUAGAUUUCUCAGGUUAGCCUUGCGGUCUGGGCGUCCUCCACCUGAGGUAGAGGUUAGAGCCCCAGCUGAGUCCUUUACCACUUGCUGCUGCUCCAAAGGAACCCUGCUGGUCAGUACCUGUCCCAUCUCACUUCAUCCUCAGAGUUCAAAACCUGUACCUUUCCAGACCUUAAAGUACGAACGGCACAAAAUGCCACAGUCCAAAAUUCAGAGCUUUGCCCUACCCAAACAGAACACAACUUUUAAAUAUUCCUUAACAGGGUCAGGCACAGUGGUGCACGCCUGUAAUCCUAGUACUCUGAAAGGCUGAAAGAGACAAAUUUGUGCAAAUCUGAGCCCAGCCUGGGCCAGUUAGCAACUAGACAAGACCCCCAUCUCAAAAAAUAAAAAUGACUGGGGGUGUAAAUAGUGCAAAGACCCUAGUUCAACCCCCAUGCUUAGGGAGUAUAGCUCCGGUAGAAGGCAGUGGGCUCCUCAUGCACCAGCUUCCAGGUUUAAUCCCUUGCACCAGAAAACUCAAUAAGCAAAUACUUUUUUUUUUUAAAGAGUACUGUACUUUUAUGUGUACGUAUACAAGUGAAUUGUAGGUAACUAAAAGUCACAGGCUGUAUCACUUUCUAACAGUAUAUAAUGAGCUUAUUUAUUUAUUCUAAUUUAUAUUUAUCAUGUCUCCCCUCCUCACCUCCCAAGGUAGAACAUAAGCUCUGUGGGGGCAGCGGUUUUGAGGUUUUUGCUUGGUUUCUGAAUGUAACCCCUAGUAUUAGUUUUUUAAUGUAACAGUGACAAAGUCUUCAAUAAACAUUUGUUGCCUGAAUGAACA